CGUGUAACUCGUAAGAGAUUUAGUGGAGUAUCGUGAAAUAUCAAGCAACCCCUAUUCCUCAAAGGUACCUAGGUCCUGUUACUAUGUAAGUACUAGGGUCUUGUUAGGUAGCUUCGUACAGGGUUGGCGGGUAAUAAAACCAGCGAUAAGAUUUGUCUGAGGAAAAAUUUCUGCAAACAUUCAAAACGAGGGCGGUGAGAUCGAGAAGUUCUUUCUUUUCUCUAUUUCUAGAGACUGGUGAAAGAGUGCUGGAAUCGUAGUAGACGAGAACUAUCGCAAUUCGCUGGCCGUAUUCCUGUUGAUUCAGUCAGGACUGAACCUUCAUCAUGUCGACGAUCACGCAGGUCGAAGUACCUGCCGUAAGGGCUCGCACAGGUCAAUUGAAACUCAAGGCAGAGCAUGCGAAGCAGGAGUUUCCGGAUAUCAACACCAUCAGAAAGGCUAUUCCUCCUCACUGCUUUCAGCCUUCGACGUUGAGGUCACUGUCCUAUGUUGCUCGUGAUCUCGCUAUGGCCGCUGCCCUCGGGUACGCUGCUUUGACAUACAUCCCGUCUGUGCCUAACCAAGCCUACCGGACCCUGCUGUGGACUGCCUACGGCUUCUUGCAAGGCCUUGCCGGUGUUGGCCUUUGGAUUUUGGCUCAUGAGUGUGGUCAUGGCGCAUUCUCGGUCCAUCGACACCUGAACGACUUCGUAGGUUGGGUUUUGCACUCAGCAUUGGGUGUGCCGUUCUUCUCGUGGAAGUUUUCUCAUGCCCGCCACCAUCGCUUCACCGGCCACAUGCAGAAGGACAUGGCCUUCGUCCCAAGGACGAGCCCGUCGGUCUUCAUGCAAUCUCUAGCGAGUAUCUUCAGCUUCGUCGAUAUGGAUGUUCUAGAAGAUGCACCUUUCAUCAACUUGAUUCGUCUGCUAGGUCAGCAAUUGGGAGGAUUCCAGAUUUACUUCCUCCUAAACGCGACGGCUGGAGAAGACAGCAUGCAGAACAUGGACGCCAAAUGGUGGAGACGCAGCCACUUUGAUCCCUUCAGCGGCGUUUUCCGUCCCCAAGAGGCGCUUUACGUCCUGAUUUCCGAUCUCGGUCUUGCACUUGUUUGUGCCGCCCUUUACUACGGCUCGAUGGCUCUCGAUUGGCAGACGGUGUUCCUAUUAUACGGGGUUCCGUACAUCUGGGUCAACCAUUGGCUAGUGGCCAUCACGUACCUCCACCAUACUCAUAAGGAUGUACCUCACUACGAUGGUGAGAAGUGGUCUUUUGUCGCAGGCGCUCUUGCGACUGUUGACCGAGACUUCGGUUUCAUUGGCCGUCACAUUUUCCACGGCAUUAUCGACACCCACGUCGUUCAUCACCUAUUCUCACGCAUUCCCUUUUAUUACGCGGAAGACGCUACGCGGGCGAUCAAGCCUCUUCUUGGCGACCUCUACCACAGCGACGAUCACUCAUUCAUGGCAUCUCUGUGGGAGACGUCCCGUGAUUGCCAAUAUGUGGAAAACGACCCAGCUAACCCUGGUGUUAUGAAAUGGCACGAAUAAAUACCUGUUAGGCUUUUCAACUUCGGAGUUGUAGGGCAUCAUGCAUAUACAUCGACCAGAUCAUUUUUCUGGCAU